CAAACUUGUUUUCGUUUCAGUGGUGUUGCUUUUUCGAAAACGUUUCCGACAUGGAUAUCUCGGUUUUCAAGUUUUUACCAGCAUUUUGGUGUGCAAUAAUCAUUACAGCUGUUGCUGUGGCAGUAUCUACAUGGUAUACGGUUAAGUUGUUGAUCAGAUUAAGGAAUGGAAAAAAAAUAAAGGCGUCAUCGACCAAGGAAUCGGAUGCAGCAGACGAGACCAGCAAAGGUGAUGUUCCCAGUGAUGGCUGUGACAACAACGAUAAUGUCGCCGAUGAUAAGCAGACAGAAGAGACUUACAUGGAUGAAGAUGCUGUGCAGUCCUUGGGUGGGCGAGACCCUCUGGAUUACUGUAGCCACAUUCAGGGUGAGGUUAAACGUGUGAAGCAGAGGGUGACCACUAAAAAGAUCCAAGAAAAUCUGACCAAGGAUCAGCUGGAUGAGGAGCGGAAAAUCCAGAGUGAACAACUUGAGUACAUCUUCAAGUUAAUGGCCAAACAGGGGGACAAGUUUGGCAUCACAUCAAUGGACGACGUUCAGCAACAGAUGAAGUUGUAUGCAUGAUGUGAACAUGGAUCAUCAUUUCUGUUACAAACUGGACUUUAGCUGGGACAGGAAUCUCUUAUUGUUAAAAGGACAGACCCUAGUUUUUAAACACUAAUGCAUAUUUUUCACAAUUGGAGCCAUUUAUGAUCACUGAAAUCAAAUAUUAUUUAUAUCUUAUUGUUUAGAUAAUCCAUUUCGGUACAACUAAA